AUGAUGCUGCUGCCCAGGCUUUCCGGCCUGCUUUCGAUCAGCCUCCUGGCCAGCGGAGCCGCCUCCGCGGCCAGCGACAAGGAGGGCUUCGUGACGGUCAACGGCACAAGAUUCCAGCUCGACGGCGAGGACUUUCACUUUGCGGGCAGCAACGCCUACUACCUGCCCUUCACCAAAAACCAAUCAGACGUCGAGGCCGGCCUGAAGGCCGCGAGGGACGCCGGCCUCAAGGUCAUCCGCACCUGGGGCUUCAACGACAAGAACGCCACCUACAACCCGAACGGGCUCCCCAAGUACGGCGACGAGGGCGCCGGCGACACCGACGUCGUCUUCCAGCGGUGGAACGCCGACGGCACGUCGUCCGUCAACGUCGAGGCCCUGGACGGCGUCGUCGCCGCCGCCGAAAAGGUCGGCGUCAAGCUCGUCGUCGCGCUGACCAACAACUGGGCCGACUACGGCGGCAUGGACGUGUACACCGUCAACCUCGGCGGCAAGUACCACGACGACUUCUACCACGUCCCCGCCAUCAAGGACGCCUACAAGCGCUACGUCACGGCCCUCGUCGCCCGGCACAAGGACUCCCCCGCCAUCAUGGCCUGGGAGCUCGCCAACGAGCCCCGCUGCGGCGCCGACGCCGUCCGCAACCUCCCCCGCAGCUCCGACUGCACCCCGGCCCGCCUCGGCGCCUGGAUCGCCGAGAUGAGCGCCCACGUCAAGUCCGUCGACCCGGACCACCUCGUCACCUGGGGCGGCGAGGGCGGCUUCGACCGCGCCUGGAACCUCGACUGGGCCUACAACGGCGCCGACGGCGGCGACUUCGACGCCGAGCUCGCCCUCCCCGACGUCGACUUCGGCGUCUUCCACUCCUACCCGGACUGGUGGUACAAGACCGUCUCCUGGACCGACACCUGGAUCCGCGAGCACGCCGCCGCCGGCCGCCGCGCCGGCAAGCCCGUCGUCCACGAGGAGUACGGCUGGCUGACCCCCGCCAAGCGCUUCCAGUUCACCGGCCUCAUCAACCUCACCCCGCGCACCGAGGUCCUCGCCCGCUGGCAGGCCAUCGCCCUCGACGAGGGCAUGCCCGACAUGUACUGGCAGCUCGGCUACUCGGGCUACUCGUACGGCCGCAACCACGACGACGGCUUCACCAUCUACCUGGACGACGCCGAGGCCCAGCCGCUCGUCUACGAGCACGCUGCAAAGGUCAAUGCCCUGUGA